AUGGUGAAGAAACGGGUCCCCGAUUGGCUUAACAGCUCCCUCUGGUCAUCACCUCCUAAGAACGACGCCGUCAGGCCCCCAAUUGUUGAACCACCGCCUCCGGUGCCCCCUCCGGAGCCUCCCACCAUUUCUUCUGUUUAUGCCGUCGCAAAAAGGGAAAUUAGGGAUCCGUUGAGUAAUAACUAUGUUAGCAAUAAUAGUGUUUGUUACAGUGACGACGAAAAUGGGAGCUCCUCCGCCAAAUCUACGGCGUCUUCUGGUGCUACUGCGGCUGCCGCACCUCUGGCUGCUGAAAUUAUCGCAAGGCAGGCCCAGCUUUUACAAGAGCUGUCGAGGAAGGUUAUAAACCUGGGAGAAUUGAGGAGGCUAGCAUCACAAGGAAUUCCUGAUGGAGCUAGCAUUCGCUCGACUGUGUGGAAGCUGUUGUUGGGGUAUCUGCCAUCCGAUCGGUCACUUUGGCCUUCAGAAUUGGCCAAGAAAAGGACCCAAUAUAAGCAUUUCAAGGAGGAGUUGUUGAUGAAUCCUUCAGAGAUUACGAGGAGGCUGGAAAAGUCGAGCCUUGAUAAUUAUGAACUUGAUAGUAGCCAGGGCUACCUUUCCAGAUCAGAGAUAACUCGUGACGAGCAUCCCUUAAGUCUCGGGAAGAGUAGCAUAUGGAAUCAGUUUUUUCAGGAGAGUGAGAUCAUAGAACAGAUUGACCGAGAUGUCAAGCGUACGCAUCCAGAUAUUCCAUUUUUCUCAGGGGACUCAACUUUUGCUAGAUCCAACCAAGAGGCUUUAAGGAAUAUUUUGAUUAUAUUUGCAAAAUUGAAUCCUGGAAUAAGAUAUGUACAAGGCAUGAACGAAAUCUUGGCUCCUUUGUUUUAUGUGUUCAAAAAUGAUUCAAAUGAGGAAAAUGCGGUUUCUGCUGAAGCAGACACUUUCUUCUGUUUUGUGGAGUUAUUAAGCGGAUUUCGAGAUAAUUUUGUUCAACAACUUGAUAAUAGUGUUGUGGGGAUCCGUUCCACCAUCACAAGAUUAUCAAGGCUUUUAAAGGAACAUGAUGAAGAGCUCUGGCGUCAUCUUGAGAUAACAACAAAAGUAAAUCCCCAGUUUUACGCAUUCAGGUGGAUAACCCUUCUUUUGACCCAAGAAUUCAAAUUUGCAGACAUUCUCUUAAUAUGGGACACUCUUCUGAGUGAUGUUGAUGGUCCUCAAGAAACACUGCUCCGAGUUUGUUGUGCCAUGCUGAUCAUUGUCAGAAAGCGCUUACUUGCGGGUGACUUCACUUCAAAUCUGAAGUUACUCCAAAACUAUCCAUCAACAAACAUUAGCCACAUCCUCUAUGUUGCCAACAAGCUGCGAGGUCACGUGGCAGGUUGA